UAUGGCAAUCAUGGUGGCAACUACUGUUACCAGCUGACGCCUGUAUGAAAUAAACAUGAAAUUAUUUUGCAUUUAGGAGUUGUAAAAUGGCAAUUUAUCCAUUGGUGUGCCUCUGGUUGUUUUCCACCUUAACUUGCUGUUUAGCUGACGAUCUCACGUAUGUCAAUGAGUUCUACUCGAAAACGCCUCAGAAACUGUCCAAGUACAGCUGGUUCGGGAAUGUGCGCCUUUACCAGUUCAGCGUGCCGGAGGAUGCCGUAUUUGUGCGGUGGUUACUUACUGUAAUACGAGGAUCUGGAUUUAACUGCGAGAACCAAAACAUUGCCGUGCACUUUCGAGCCGGCGCGCCUCCCGUCAUCGACCCCAUCCUCACCGCCUUCCCCAACUCAACGGUGGUGUCCCUCGCGUACAACCUCACCCUGACCGUACGCAGCGGGCAAGUCAACAAUGCGACGCUGUUCAACGUGACACAGCCCGUGUCCGGAGAUUGGUUCCUCGCCGCCCACCUGCCUAAAGACGACGGCAAGAUAGAGCAGCAGGGACUACCAUCGUGUUCAUACAUGUUCCAGCCUCAGAUGUAUGUGAGGAGAGCAGUUGAUACUCCAAUCCUGAUGGCCAACAUUCCACUUACUCAGACACUGACUGCACCUGUGAAACUGGCCCAUUUAAAGGUCUUUGUUCCUGAGUUUUCUUCCAAGCUGGAUUCACAACUGAAAAUUCAAGCCUGUUCUGUGGAAGGCGUUCCAGUGAGCGACUGUGGCCUAUUAGUCACUUUAGGCUCCAGUUCUUUGGGCCAGAGCUCUGUGUUUACAACAAACUGCUCUGGGGUAAAGCCUUGCACCAUUUCAAUUUCCAAUCCACCAUGGAAUGCCUGGAUGCAAGUUACCGUGGAGACCAGUCGGCCAAAUGUGACGGCGACCUUCAGCAUAUCGGCCAGCAGCACAGUGGGCUGCAAGCCUUUGAGCAUCCCUUCAGAUUUCAAUACCUCCUUUUCCGUGGUAGGCCCUUCACUGGGCGCAUCCACCAACAAUGCUUCCAGUCGCCCUGGCAUUGCCCCCACGGGUGCUGCCAGCAACACCUCAGAGAAGACCUGCCUGUGGAACCCUGCAAUGUUCAGGGAAGACCAAGAUGUGCUCUCAGUGCGAUUUGCGCUCCCCAAUGGCAACACAAGCGUGGCAUCCCAGUUCCCAACUGUGCUCACCCUGGACCUGCACUCAACCACCGACAGUGGGGGGGUGCUCACUGUACAGCUUGACCUCAACACAAGCUCUCUGACUGGUGCGUUUGGCAGUGUCAGGGCGUGUCUCACCUCUUCUGCCCCAGUUCUUCAGCUUAACAUCAGCCAAUCGUGUGAUACAGCGUUCGUGCAGGGCUACUCUCUUGAGGUGAACAGCAGCGAGACAAAGGCUUUGCUGAGGAUCCCCUUUCCUGAUGCAGCACUCUGGUACCUCAGUCUGCAGACCAUCUGCAACAACAGCGAUGACUGCGCUAAUGCCUCUGCGGCGGUCGCUGUGUCAGCCGGCCUGACGGCAUGCAUCGAUGACUGCGGGCCACACGGGGAAUGCAGGCUGCUUCGAACCCAGAGCUACCUCUAUGCAGCAUGUGUGUGCCAUGCGGGCUGGCUGGGUUGGGGCUGCUCGGACAGCAAAAAUGCCCUCCCGUUCUCACAGCAACUGAGCGCUGCUCUGCUGCUCACGCUCAGCAAUCUGCUGUUCGUGCCACCAGUCGUUGUGGCACUCCACCGCGCCUACCAUGUCGAGGCUGCCGUCUACUUCUUCACCAUGUUCUUCUCCACAUUCUAUCACGCGUGUGAUCAACCAGGCGUGACGGUGAUGUGCAUCAUGGACUAUGAUACGCUGCAGUUCUGUGACUUCCUAGGCUCGGUGGUGGCCGUGUGGGUCACCAUCAUCUGCAUGGCGAGGCUGCAGGAGCCGGUCAAAUACGUGUUCUUCAUGGCGGGGACUCUCAUCAUCGCCAUGGCGAUGCAGCUAGAUCGCCGAGGCCUGUGGAACCUGCUAGGCCCCGUGCUUGUUGCUUUGGUUACCAUGGUAACCGCCUGGGUGUACCGUGCUGUGAAACGCCAUCACUGCUACCCGCCGACAUGGAGGCGCUGGGUAUUCUUCCUGAUCCCGGGUGUAAUGUCGGCGCUCAUCGGCGUGUGUGUGUACACCUUUGCACAGACCGAUGCCAACUACUACUACACACACUCCAUAUGGCACGCCAUGGUGGCCACCAGCGUCGUCUUCCUGCUGCCACCACGUGAGGUGCACAUGCCACCCUGGGGUUGGCCAGCCAAACUCUGCGGCUACCGCGUGUGCCGGAGUCAGAAGGAGGAGCUGUACACCGUCACCUGAACGCACACACGUGCCAGGUGCACGCAUUGAACGUCCAGUACGGUCCUCCCCAUAUGCAACUCCUUGUUUCGUGUUCCCAGGGACAUGUGCUCCCAGGGACAUCCUGCUGUUGGCUGCAUUAUUGCACGUUGGUAGUGCAGAUUUCAGGUGACCACACCCAGCUGUUGUUUUGGAGGAAAAUGCAGCUUUAAAGUCAUUCUGAUGUUAAUAAUUUGUUAUUUAAAAUAGACUCUCUUGUAAUAGGCUUUUGUAAUCCUGAAUAAGAAUAACUUCUUGGAUAGGCACUUGAAAAAAAAAAAGUUGCACAUAAAAGUGUGUGUUUGUGUGUGUGUGUGUUUGUGUGUGUGUGUGCAUACAUGCUGUUUUACUCAUAUUUAGGUUCUGAUUAUAGACAAGCGACAGGUUAUGGCUUACUCCUUUCUGGUAUGUCACUUCUGGAGCAUGAAAGUGGUGGGUGUGGGUGUGGGUGUGGGUGUGUGCACCUCUAUAGCACUUAUCGUGGUUUAGCAGUUGAAGCUGUCAGCCUUUGACAGUGUCUUCUACAACCAUGCGUGCAUGCAAUCAUGAACACAUGCCUGUGUAUCUCUUGAUGGAUGAGCAGUGACUUAAAGACCAUAGCUCUACAGGUGCUUUGUGAAAAAUAUAAUUUUUUAUGUGACUAAAUUUGACCAGUAAUAUUGAAUCUACUAUUUAUAACAACAUUUGUAAUACUUUUUGCUCUGUCCUUUGACUGAAUAACAUUAGUACUGAGUACUGUUAGUCAUCCUUAUUUUACGGGAACGAUAGUGAGCAGCUACAAAUCAACACUUGAGUUCAUUGGGGUCAAAUCCUUUUAUUUCAUCAUUUUAAACUUCACAAGGUUUUGGAUUUGCCCUGGACCAAAGGUUUGCCCUCUGCACUAUUAACUGCUUAUUACAAUCAGAUGGUAUAAUAUAAAAGGUGGUCUCUGAUGGAUUAUCUACUCUUUUGAAGCCUUGUAAAAUAUAUCACACUUAUAUAUGACAAAUAUUUAAUAACUAUGAAUUUGGGAGAUAACUUAUCAAAGAAGUCUUCCUCAAUGACACUACAUGUUUAAAUUAAAAAUUUCUUGUGGAGCUAGGAAACUUCAUGCAAUUUUAAAGUGUGUUUGUAUGUAUGCACAAGUGUUCUGUUAGUACAUCGUGUCUUUGGUCAGCGCGAGUGUGUUUUUCCACAUGAAGACACACUUUCCCUCCUUUUCGAUUCUGUCUCUCCAGUAUACCUCUGUUUUUUGUGGUUGAUCUACCAACGGUUUCUUUCCUACCAAAUAUAAUAUCUUGUAUGCUGAAAUAUACACAAUUGUUAUAUUAUAAUGAACAGACUGAUCAGAUGAAUUAAUAAGUAAGAUAAUUAUUAUUUAAUAUUGCUCAACUGAAAAUUUAUUGAGAAUGUUGAUUGUGCAGCUAAUCAAAAGGUUGAAAGAAAUAUGCAAGCUAUAACAUGUAUUUAUGUAAAUUAUUAACUUAUGUAAAUUGUUCUGAUUAAAGCUGCUGUAAUUGGU